GAGGCGCUGUUUAAAGCACGGAAACUCGUGCCCAGGUCGGAAAGUUGUACUUCCGGUCGGCGGUAAAGCGUGCUUCGUGGUUUGCAAACGUUAUCGAGACGAACAUAUUUUACUUUUUUGAUUUAGCUUAUUAAAGCUGUUUAAUUUGAUAUAAAAUGAGUUUACCUCUGAACCCGAAGCCUUUCCUGAACGGCCUGACGGGAAAACCUGUGAUGGUGAAGCUGAAGUGGGGUAUGGAGUAUAAAGGCUACUUGGUGUCUGUGGAUGGAUACAUGAACAUGCAGCUGGCAAAUACAGAGGAGUAUGUGGACGGAGCGUUGGCGGGCCAUCUCGGCGAAGUGCUCGUCAGAUGCAACAACGUUUUAUACAUCAGAGGGGUGGAAGAGGAGGAAGAGGACGGAGAAAUGAGAGAGUGAAUGAAUGAUCCAGCCUGUUGUUUGUGUUUCUGUGCAGCUCCAGCUGCAGUUUACGUGUUUUUGUUUUUUCACCGUGUGAGACAAACAGAUUCUUUUUCCACAUCUUUGAAACGAUUCCCUUUUUUGUACCGUUAGGUCUGUUUUUAUGUUGUGAUACAAACAAUAAACGGACUUGUAAUUUUUCCCUAAACAAGGACUUUGAAUUUA